GCAUCGAUAAUCACUCUCCUCUACCAAAGUACCGACAAUGGUAUUCUUCUUCUUUACGUGUGGAGAACAUACAUUCACAUCCCGACUCAAGGGCUACGAGGACGUCACGGUGCAAUGCAUGAACUGCGGGAAUGUCAGCGCACACGUUUUCAAGCGAUGGCAAUGGUUCACGCUUUGCUUUGUUCCUAUAAUACCAUUCUCGUUCAAGCCGUACCAUGAAGUAGGAUGCCACAUCUGCAGAUUCUUCCAGGAUAUCAAAUACCGACCCGACGUGGAGGCGAAUCACGGGCAGAUUCCGAUGAAUGGGUAUGGGGCGCAACAUCCCGCCGGUGCUGCUGCAGCUGCAGCUCCGCCGGAACAACACCAGUACAAGUAGACUGGGAGUGUCCGGUUGUGUUUGAUGGGUUUGGGUGGUAGGGCUGGGUACGGCAGAUUCUGGGUGUGGAGGGGGGACGUGUGCAUACGUGACGGGCAUAUGAUUGCAUGACCUGCCUGGUAGGCUUUGGGGGGGGCUCUUGGUGUAAAGGCGCAGUUGGAGUAGUGGGAGUAGUAGUAGAAGAAGAAGAAAACGGGAGGCGACACGACACGAUACCAAGAAUGGAUGCUCGACUCGAGGUAGAUUAUCGAGCCUUUAGU